AUGAAUAUAUGGAAGAACCCAGGUUUAGAAAACCUAAGAAACAAGCUGAAAGAAGUGCCUGUCCUUUCCACUGACUGUUGUAUCUUCAGGGUUCCUAAGCGACUACGUGAAGGAAAUGAGAAAGCUUACACACCCCAAGUGGUCUCAAUCGGUCCUCUUCAUCAUGGCGAGAAAGGGCUAGAAUCCAUAGAAGAGCACAAAAUUCGGUAUGUGAGGGAUUUUGUGGAACGGACCAAGGUAAACAUCGAUGAGUGUUUUAAUACAUUAAAGCAGUGGGAAGCAAGAAUUCGAGGUUACUAUGCAGUGACCAUCGAGUAUAGUCAACAUGAGCUUGUGGAAAUGAUUCUGGUUGAUGGCAUUUUUACCUUAGAGGUCCUUUUGAGAGGUUCGUUUGAAACCUUACAAAAGAAAAAUGACCGUAUCUUUGGAUUGAUGCAUAGGGACAUAAUGUAUGACAUGUUGUUGCUUGAAAAUCAGCUCCCGUUCUUUGUUCUCGAGUAUCUCUUAUCCUUGGCUUAUGCCACUAGUUUCUUUCCUAUGGAACACGAUAGGGCUCAUGUAUCAGGGCAUUUCUUAAUUAAGCUUACUCAUAGUUUCUUUAAGGAUAGGGUAUACAUUCGACCACUCGAUGAGAUUAUUUGUAAAAUUGGUCAGUAUCCUGAAUCUAGAAGAAUACUUCAUUUUGUUGAUUUUUUACUAAAAUGUCAUAGACCUCCACCUUUUGAUCCUCCACCCAAAAGUAUACUCCAGACUCUAACCAUACCAAGUGCAACCGAGCUGCACCAAGCAGGAGUCAAGUUCAUGAUGGUGAAGGACAAAAACUUCUUUGACAUUCAAUUUGACAAUGGGAUUCUGAAGAUUCCACAACUCAGAAUUCGCGGUUCUUCAGAAGUUUUCUUUCGAAACUUGAUUGCCUACGAGCAGUGUGAGUUGACUGAGUUCGAUGAUCAUUACAUCAAUGACUACAUUUUCAUCAUGGACCGAUUAGUUGACAGUGCCAAGGAUGUGGAAUUGCUUCUCCAGAAGAAGAUACUUGAUUCUAAGCUCUCUGACAAAGACAAAGUGGCUAAUUUUAUCAGCUCGCUUAACUCGGGGCCUGUGGUGUUCAGUAAAAAGUUCUAUUAUAUUGAUCUGUGUGAGAAGCUGAAUGAGUACUAUGAAGUCCCAUGGCAUAAGUGGAAGGCAAGCUUGAUACAUGACUAUUUCAGUUCCCCUUGGGCUGUGCUCUCUGUUAUUGCAGCAGUUGUUCUUCUUGUGCUCACUUUUGUUCAAACAGUGUUCUCUGUGAUGUAUUGA